CUUCCCUCUCCUCAUCUCUCAUUCUUGAUCUCACUCUUACUCAUCUCAUUCUCACUCCCAACGCUUGUUCGAAAACAAGGGGCACUAUGACCGGAGCAGACAGAGCAGACACCCUGCAAGCCGAGGAGAAGGCCGUGGGGGUGCCUGUCAGUGGUAAAAUCGAGCUGGACACUCUCCAGACCAAGGAUAAUGCAGUAUCAAGUAACAUCCCCAAGGGCUACACAGACCAGAGUCGUGUACUGCCGAAGAAAGAGCUGGCCUUGGUAUUCUUAGGGUUGUGCCUGGUUCUCUUUAUGGCCAGCUUGGAUCAGACAAUUGUCUCAGUGCUGAUUCCCACGCUAGGAAGGGUGUUCAACGCACCUCAAUAUAUUGCCUGGGUCGGAACGAGUUAUCUCUUGACAAACACAGCUAUGCAGCCACUCUAUGGAAAAUUGAGUGAUAUCUUUGGAAGAAAGAACACCAUCCUCACAGCCAUCUUCUUUUUCGAGCUCGGCUCCUUGAUCUGCGGAGCAGCCCCUACUAUCGUUGUGCUUGUCAUUGGACGCGGAAUUGCUGGACUUGGCGCCGGAGGCAUGAUCAGCUUGACCAUGAUCAUCAUUUCUGACGUUGUCUCUCUUCGCGAGCGUGGAAAAUACCAAGGAAUCAUUGGGUCGAUGUUUGGAAUUUCUGCUGUCGUCGGUCCACUCCUUGGUGGUGUGCUUGCUGAAAAGUCCGACUGGCGCUGGGCGUUUUAUCUCAAUCUCCCCAUCGGUGUCGUUGGCACGAUUGCCUUGGUGUUCAUUUUGAAGCUGCCGACUGUUAACGGCACUCGCCGCGAAAAGCUGAAGAGAAUCGACUUCAUGGGUUCAUUCACCAUCGUUGUCGGCAUCAUUUGCGUCCUUAUCUCCACCAACUGGGGAGGCAACGAGUACGCAUGGAGCAGUGUCCAGAUCAUCGUGCCCUAUUGUGUAGGCGCCUUGUUCUUGAGUGCGUUCCUCUAUAUUGAGGCCAAGGUGGCAGUCGAACCUAUUUUGCCGUUCAGACUAUUUAGGAAUCGGAGUGUCUGUUCAGCAUACGCGACUUCUUUUUUCAUUGGAGGUGCAUUCAUGGGUGCCAUCUUCUAUUGCCCUCUCUACUUCCAGUUGGUGAUGCACGACUCUGCGACCAAGGCCGGUCUCCAGCUCUUGCCGCUGGUAGCAGGGAUGCUUGUUGCAGGUAUUGGCAGUGGAGUCCUUAUUAGUAAAACAGGACGCUACCGACCUUACAUCUGGGCAGCUUUAGUUAUCUAUAUCGCCGGAGUUGCAUUACUGUCGCUUUGGGACGAGAAAUCUGGCUUGAAUGUGCAGAUCGGAUUCCUUUUCGUCGUUGGUUUGGGUCUGGGCGGUUGCAUGCAGAGUAUCGUCUUGGCUGGACAAUGCGCCGUACAGAAUGCCGAUAUUGCUACAGUGACCUCAAUGAUGUCCUUCUUCAGAAGCAUGGGAGGAGUCACCAAUGUCGCUAUCGGCGGUUCAAUGAUCAACAACGUCCUAAACCAGCAAGGCGUUAAUCCCAACAACUUUAUCGACGUCUAUUCGCACCCUGAAAAAUAUGCCAUGGCCACUCAGGCUGUCUUCCGCCAAUGCAUCGCGUGGCCAGCGCUGGCUCUUAUUGCCUCACUAUUUCUCCAACACAACGAGCUCCGCAAGACUUUGGGAGCUCAGGAUGCUCAGGCAAAUAACCCAGAAGCGGUUCCAGAAGAGAAGUAAGAAGUCCCUUCUGGCCCCGAUGCCAUUCCUACCCCAUCGAUUGCGCCUGAGAAGACGCACUAAUCCAUUAUAACAUAGUAUUAAUAAUAAAAUAUCCAUUCAG